AUGGCCCUUCGUGUGGGCCAGACCGCUCGAGCGAGGUCUUCUACUGGUGCAUCGAGAGGUCUCUCUCCGGAUGAAAGAUUAUCACCGACGGCGGAAGCUGUUGAGCAAUUCUUCUGGCGGAAUACUGCCCCUCCAUCGCUGGAGCUAGGCCGUCUGGCUGGUGUGGCUCAUAAUAUUCGUCAAUGUUUGCUCGACGACACCACUGCUCAGGGCACAUUCCGCCAUGCGACAGGCUUCGAACAUGUGUUGAACGUGCUGGAGUCUGUUGGGGACGUUGAUCUAGAUAAUUCUACAGGCGACCAUGAGCAGAUCACGGCAUUCCUUGGCAACACGAUGGGAGUAUUGGCUACGGCUCUGCGGGGUCAUCGUGGCAACAAGAAGUACUUCAACCAGCAUCUUGAUGGUUGGACGAGGUUACGAACAGCCUGUGCAGGUAUGUGGGUCGCGUUCAGCAGACUCGAAGCAGCGACGAUGAGACGAGAGUGCUUUUCGAGCUUGUGUAGCAGUCUUUGCCAACUAGGUCUGGACGACAAAGAUUUUGAGAUUUACGAUCACGACCAUGGCGGCGAUGCAGAAAACGACAGGAACGCGAGUGCUGCUAUUGUGAGGAAUUCGCAAGCAUUGGCCAUUGCUCUCCACCUGAUUUCGACUGCUGUGAAUGAUCACAGCAACACCUCUACGAAAGACGGGCUUGACGACCUGGCAUCGAGGUUAAUGAUAACCCUCAGCUCUGUUGUAAGAUCAAGCCUGCGGAAUAUGUCGUGUAUCUGUCUGACGGGACUUCCGUCGGACGUCUUGGGUCUUGCACUGAACGAGACACUCUCUGGAUCUGUAAGCUCAGCAGCGCACCGACUUAUCUUAGAUUUCGCACCCCUCGGUCUUGGCAAGGGAGAAGAUGUUGCUCUUUUAUUCAAGCAAGCGCACGACUCCAAUCUUGCAAGAGAUCUUCUCUACCACAUAUUGCAGGAGUCGAAAGGACCUUCAUUUGUCCAAUUUGAUCUGACUCUGCAUGGCUACUGCUCUAUUGAAGUACCUAGCUUGCCUCGCGCAUUUCCGCCUACGACCGGCUACUCGCUCUGUGCUUGGAUACGCAUCGAUUCUUUCGAUCGUGAUUGCCACACUACCUUGUUUGGUGCUUUCGACGCUUCGCAAGCCUGCUUCAUCCUUGUAUACCUGGAGAAAGAUAGCCACCAGCUCAUUCUCCAGACAUCCAUUCGGUCGUCACGACCUAGCGUACGCUUCAAGUCUACGCGAUUCGAGAGAGGCAAAUGGUACCACGUAGCUCUAAUCCACCGGAAAGCUUCAGAUGGCAAGAGCAGCCCGGCUGCACUAUUUGUGAAUGGCGACUUCGCCGAACAGAUGAAGUGCGCUUAUCCAGAGACGCCUGCUCCAUUGGACGAGGAAGAUAACACCGCCUCACCAGGCCUCGCACGAUCAGCUUCGACAGUCAGUCGAACGAAGCCCGUACAGGCUUUCUUUGGCACGCCUCUUGAUCUAGCUUCGCGCGUAGGUGGUGGACAGAUCACAUCCCACUGGAGUCUAGCAAGCGCCCAUCUAUAUGCCUCACCUAUUACCGAUGAGUUUAUUGCCGUGCUUUACCGACUCUCGCCACGAUAUACUGGUAACAUGCAAGAUUGCUUGGGACCACUCCUGACGUAUCGUGCCUCCGCUGAACUGAAUCGAUACAACGAGCUCCUUCACCCAGACAAAUCCGAGAAGUCUGACAUUCUUACUGCCACUGAAUCCAAGGGUAGCGACGUCGUGCCGGAGAGUCGUCUGGUGUUGAGUAUUGCCGCUUCUGCCAUCAUCGAUCUUGAUGGUGACGGCACCAAUUAUCACUUCUCACCUAAUGGCCUCGAGAGGAAGGCAUCGGCGCGGUAUCAACAGCUUCAGCAGAAAACCCAGGCUAUCGCGAUAAAUAUGGCUGUACCUACUAUCAAUGAAGCGAUCAGUAGAUCAUACGGCACAGGCCUGCUGAUUGGUGAUCCUGUAGUUGUCGUCCCACGAUCACUAGACGAUGCAGCCUGGUCUCUGGCGGGUUGUAUGCCACUGGUCGUUGGACUUCUGGAACAAGCAAAGACGAAGUCAGCUUUCUUGCAAGGCGUCAAGAUCUACUGCGGCAUGAUCUCCGAUAAUUGGCGCAUCAGCGAGGCGAUGGAGAAAGACAGCGGCUUCGGUCUACUAUCUGUAAUCAUUCGAGAAAAGUUGGCCAUGGACAACAGUGUCUCAAGCAACGUACUAUCGCGCAAACCCUCGCAGAUGCUCCCUUUCGAGGAUCGACAAUCUCUUCCCCGCGAGUUACUGGAGCUGAUACUGGACUUUGUUGGCUACCGUUCCUCUCGGCCUGACGAUAGCAUGAUCGUGAACGCCAUGGCGUAUAGAGUACUCCUGGUAGACUACGACACCUUCAGACGAGGCGAUAGCGUAACUCAACAGCUCUACUAUGAUCAAUUUGCUCACUUCGUCAGCCAGAACAGGCAUCAUGCUUUCAAUGCUAAAAGGCUGAUACGAAUGCGGGUUGUCAGGAAGCUGAUCGAGGCUAUGAAAUGCGAGGACAUAUCCAAAGAGACGGUUGAGCCGCUCAUGGCAGCAAUGAAAGCACUGCUCGAUAGCCCAGCUGCUGCGCCACUCCACAGAGACCUGGCAAUGUUCGUAGCAUAUGGGCUGCAAGACGAGCGAGCUGCGGCACCUCGUGCUAUGCGCAAUCUGGCUAGCGUGGUACAUUUGCGACAAAGAGCUGCUUCAUGGGCGAGACAUGCCAAGGGGUCGCGUCCGAGCACACCUGGUGGUGCUCCACCAACAUCAACUACGAGCCUUACUCGUGCCGAACUUGCAGUGCACGUCCUGCAGCUGCUUACAGACAUAGUCUCCGAUCCCAACAAUGCGGCUGCCACGAGGCGUUUCAACCGGGUUGUACCAAAUAGAUGGCUCUUGCAUCUCCUAGCAGAAAAUCAAGCUCGAGUUGUCGAGUCGGUCACAAGGCUGAUUUCCCGGUCGAUGGCAGCACUUGGAAGCGAAUUCAAAACCGCCUUUGCCGAUCGAAAUACUGGUUGGACAACACUCAAAAGUCGCCUCAAACCUCAUUGGCGCUCGGAGACUGUAUGGAUUGCAUGUUUUGCAAUGCUUCUUGGCCGAGAUAUGCCAUCAGUGCCCACUGGCGGACCACUAACCGUCUUCACACUCCUAGAGGCCCUCGCAGUGGGAGCUGAUACUGCCGUGGUUCACCCAGAAGUCAUGCCAACCAUCAUGGCAUUGCUUGAAGCUGGCCUGAAGACUGUGGUCAAGGACGACUACGAGCACAGUGCUAAUGAGACUAGCCUCUUGAAGGCAGCGAUCCAGUUCUUCAGCGAACUGUAUACAAGAAGCGAGGCCUUUCUGACUUAUGCUGUUUCGAGCCGGUACAUUCAGGAUAUCUUAUUUGUGCUCUUCCCGGUCCUCGUUGGCUCGGAUAGAUUGGCAGCUGCCACCGAACUCGAAGCUGAAAAAGAUGCGCUCUCCUUCAACGGCCAGGAAGUCAAGCUGCGUCCACACUCCCGGUCGCUGGGCGAGAGGCCACCGUCGAUACGCAGUGUCACGAUCGAAGACGAUAAACGCACGCCUUCUCCAUUGCCAAAAGCUCGCGUUGAAGGGCCAAGACGCCUGUCGUCCUUCGUGAUGGUAACGCCGGUGGCUGAGAUGGCGAAAUUCACGACCGCGCUCGCACCCGUGAAGUCUGAGCCUCUACAGAUGAAUCUUGGGAAUGACCUUGUCGAGAGUCUGCUUGAGGUUGCGCUAAGUCUGUUCAUUGACCUCAUAUGCAACAAGAAAGACUUCCAGGGUAUUGGGUUGUUCCUCAAAGUACCACCUGGUUUCCGCGAACAUCAGGCAUACUUCGAGUCUUAUGUUCUCACCAACGGUCUGUCCGAGCUUUGGAAUCAUCUCAAGCUCAAUCAGAAUCUGCUGUGUGAGGUAAGAGUCCUGACCAACUUGGCGAGGUACUCUCAACACAUUGCUGAAGCAGUAUUCGAGGGUUGGUUCAUCGAUGGCGCUAAAGCAGCACUGGACUUCACAGGUCAGAUCUUAGAGUAUCUCCAACAGCCUGAUGUUGCCGAGAGCAAGUCAGUAAGACUUUGCAGCCAACACAUCAGCGUGAUUCGAGUUGUAUUUCUCCGGGUGACACUAUGGCGACUUUCUGAGCUCAGCGAGUCAAGCGAUGAAACCGAAGUAGUGAAAUUCCUGGACCAGAUGAACUACUGGCAGAUGAUUCUCUUCUCAGUCGAGAACCAAGAAACUCUCUUCAUCAGACUAAUAUGUUACCUUUUGUAUAUCAAGCUCAUCAGCCAAGCCACCGCGGUACGACUUGCGGCUGCGAGACUGUGGAGGACGAUUUUGGUGCAGAAGCCAACAACUUCGGCCACAUUGUUAACGUUCGUCAUGGGUGCUGAGAAGCGACAUUUGUCUACAGGCUUUAUGAAGUUGGCGGAACUGGAUGACGAAGAGUUUAUUGUGUGGAUCGAUGAGAAUAGAAACGAACUCGAUGGUGCCUUCCUGAAGACGUUGAGUCGACCGUGGGAGGAUUUCGUGCAGGAAGAAAAUGCCAGAAAUGCUCAGAUCGCACAGAGCCGACUCGACAAGCGGAAGGAGAGGCUGCGGCAAUGGCAUGCGGAGGAGGCUGCAGCAGAUGAUGCCAUACAUCGACUGGAGGUCUCUACUUCACACUGGAGAGCCAAUGUCCACGCGCAAGAGCGCCUCAAGCUCGCGCGAGCGGUCCAAGACCAGCAGGAGAAUGUCGGUAAUCUCUUUACUAACUUUGCGGAUCUAGAAGAAAGCGUCCGACGGCCGUGCGGACUCGAGCCUGCGGUAGAAGACAAUGUGACGUGGCAGCUGGACGAGACAGAGGCUGUGAAUCGCAUGCGAGGUCGACUGAUUCGAGACAAGGCUCGAAGAGAAGUCGUGCAACCGCGACGUAAAGCCAGUGAACAACAUAUGGCGAACGGCAAGCUCACAAUCAACACUCAUUUGGUGCCCGGUCCUGUAUCAGACAAUAUGCUAUCGCCAUAUCCCGCGAGCCCGAUGUCCGCGGGUCUGGGAGAAGUACAGAACGGGCAAGGCAGAGCACGAGCAGAUUCGACCUCGAAUUCGCAAUUGCUGGAUGGUGGCUUCGAGAUAGUUGAUGAUCCAAACGAAGCAGAGGAUGGCGUGAUCGAAGACAAGAACAGGAAGAUCAUGAAAAGUCUUCAGCGCGGUGACAUGGUGCAACAGCUCUACAACAUAUCCCGGAUCAUUGGCCUCGAAGCUUGUGAAGGCUUAUUGAUUGUGGGCAAGAACUUGUUGUACCUGCAGGACAACUACUUCCAGCGAUCCGAUGGUGAGAUCGUUGGCGCCACGGAAGCUCCGGAAGACGAACGUGAUCCUUACGUUCAGCUCAUCUCGGGCAAGGACGUUGGUGUCCAGCGUACGAAACACAGCAUCGGCGACUCGGAGACUCGGCACUGGACAUGGUCAGAAGUGCUGAGUGUGUCGAAGAGGCGAUUCCUGUUUCGAGACGUUUCGGUCGAAGUCUUCUUCACGGACGGCAGGAGUUACCUGCUCACUUGCAUCUCUGUCAAGUCGCGGGACGAUCUCUAUGGCGCCAUCGUUAGUCGAGCACCACACGUACACAGUAGCUCGGCAGUCCUGUCAGAAGAUGCCUGGAGGCUCGACAAUCUGGUCAACCCACAAGAGGUCCCGCAGUCGCUUGGGACACGAUUUGCGGCUGCCUUCAACAAUACUCCAACGUACACUGCGACGAAGAAGUGGGCAAAGGGUGAGAUGAGCAACUUUCAAUAUCUCAUGCUAAUCAAUACCAUGGCUGGCCGUACAUUCAACGAUCUCACGCAGUAUCCUGUAUUUCCAUGGGUGCUGGCAGACUACACUAGCGAAGAGCUUGACUUGGACGAUCCAAAGACGUUCCGCGACCUCUCGAAGCCGAUGGGCUGCCAGACGUCAUCUCGAGAGGCAGAGUAUCGAGACAGAUACCAGCAAUUCGCCGAGAUGCUGGACGGAGCGGAUCCACCUUUCCACUACGGCACGCACUAUUCAUCUGCUAUGAUUGUGGCUUCGUACCUCAUAAGACUUCAGCCGUUUGUGCAGUCAUACCUCUUGCUGCAAGGCGGAAGCUUCGAUCAUGCAGAUCGGCUUUUCGACUCCAUUGGCAAGGCAUGGCUGUCGGCUUCGCGGGACAACAUGACUGAUGUGCGUGAGCUCAUACCAGAGUUCUAUUUCCUGCCCGAGUUCUUGGUCAACCUCAACGGCUAUAACUUCGGCACAAAACAAGCAGAUGGCGGGGAAGUCAAUAAUGUGUUCCUGCCUCCAUGGGCGAAGGGUAGUCCGUACAUCUUCGUCACUAAGCACAGAGAGGCGCUGGAAAGUCCGUACGUGAGUGAGCAUCUGCACCAAUGGAUCGAUCUGGUGUUUGGCUUCAAGCAACGAGGCACCGCUGCUGUUGAAGCUACCAACGUCUUCACGCACUUGAGCUAUCAAGGCGCGAAAGAUCUGGACACAAUUAGCGACCCUAUGGAGCGACUCGCAACAAUAGGCGUCAUCCACUCGUUCGGUCAGACACCCUUCCAAGUCUUUCAGCGACCACAUCCGUCACGAGAAGCAAGCAAGCACGUCGUAGCAAGACUAGACGCUCUCGCCGAAUCGCUCGUGCGGCUACCGGACCCUCUGUUCGAAAGUGACGAGAGCGUGCGCAACCUGACCUUUUCCGAAGCGCAAGGGAGACUACUCUGUGCCGGCUAUGGCCGUCUCGAGCUUGCGCCACGGCACGAUCGCUUCGUGCAAUGGGGUUUCGCAGAUAACUCGAUUCGAUUCUUCUCCUCCAACACCAAGCGUUCUCUGGGUCUGUACGAGAAUGCACACAUAGGACCAGUGACCACCGCCACAUUCGCGGACAGCAAAACCUUGAUCACAGCAGGAGCGGACUGUACAAUUGGCGUCUGGCGCCUCAGCGCUUCACGAGACCUCAUAGACAUGCACCUCAAAACCCACCUUUUCGGCCACCGUACGGCCGUGAAACACCUCGCCGCCAGCCGAGUCUUCAGCACACUCCUUAGCGCCUCAGCUGAUGGCCAAGUGAUAGUCUGGGGCCUGAACAAACUCCUUCCCAUCCGCGUCUUACUACCAGCCGGUAGUGCACCGAUCCAAGCUUGCAGGGUGAGCAAUACAACCGGCCACUUUCUCCUGGCCCGAGGUUCCAAUCUCCUUCUCUAUACCCUCAACGGCCAUCUUCUACUUGACCAGAACAUCUGCUCCGAUCAUGCCUCAGACACUAUAACGACAUGUGCCUUUUACGAACCUCCUGGGUCAGAGUACACAUCCCGUAUACUCAUCUUCACAGGCCAUACGCACGGCGUGGCUAAUAUAUGGACGUUGACAAAUCUAGACGACGGGACGUGGUAUCUGCAGCUCGUGAAGAGGAUGAGUCAUGUAGAUGGCCAUCGCGAGGACGGCGGGAAUGUGAGCGCGAGUAUUACUGCGAUUCUGCCGUUGCCGAACGCCGUGUAUACUGGUGAUGAGGCGGGGAGGGUGUGGGAAUGGGAUUGUGUUGUUCGAUCGGCUAGUAUGAGUACGAGGGGACGAUAA